AUGCCAUACCAAGAAGAUUUCGGCGUUGAACAAUUUAUGGACAAAUAUGAAGAGGGAAUCCAACAUAACUUGGGUGAAACUUGUUGCUUUUCGAUCAGUUUAGGAGAAUUAGCUAAGUUAUCUGGAAAUACCUUCGAACUGGAUCAAGAUCUUCAAUUAACAUAUGGAUCAAUCAAGGGUUCAGAUAAAUUGAGGUCUUUGAUUGCCUCAAUGUAUGGUCCUGAGUUUAAUAAGGAUAAUGUCCUAGUAACUAAUGGUGCUAUUGCUGCUAAUUUCUUAAUUUAUUAUACGUUGGUUGGUCCUGGGGAUCAUGUUAUAUGUGUUGACCCCACCUAUGCUCAAUUAUAUAGUGUUCCGAAAAUGUUUGGUGCUGAAGUGAGCUUGUUAAAGUUGCAGAAGGAAGAUGGGUUUAUACCAAAUAUAGAAACUUUGAAGAAAAUGAUUAAAUCUAACACAAAAUUAAUCAUUAUCAAUAAUCCAAAUAAUCCAUUGGGGAGUGCAAUUUCCACCGAGACAUUGAAUGAUAUUUGCCAACUAUGCGAGGAAAACAAUAUUUAUUUACAUUGUGAUGAAGUCUAUAAGCCAAUUUUUCACUCCAUGCCUGAGGGUAAAAGCGUGCCAUUGAGUGGAUGCCAAUUGUAUGACAAGGCUAUUACUACUGGAUCCAUGUCGAAGGCUUUCUCCUGUGCCGGUUUACGUUUAGGUUGGUUGAUCUCAAAGGAUACACAAAUGUUAAGGGAUGCAGCCUCUAGAAGGGAUUAUAAUACUAUAUCAGUGGGGAUGGUCGACGAUAAAAUUGCCCAAUAUGUCCUUGAAAAUCGUGAACCUCUUUUAAAACGUAAUUUCGAAUUAUGUUUAGACAACUUACAACUACUAAACUCUUUCAUUCAGGAAAGUCAGGGGAGAUUUGAAUACGUAUGUAAGCCUGAAGCUGGUACUGUUUGUUUAUUGAAAUUAAAUGGUAUAUCCGACUCCAUGGCUUUUGGUAAAUUUAUUGCGGAGGAAUAUAAGAUCUUGGCAGUUCCUGGAGAAGCCUUUGGAAUUCCAGGAACCUUAAGAAUCGGAUACGGUAAUAGUAAGAAAGAUCUUCUCGAAGGUUUGCCCCUCUUACAAAAAGCAUACGAUGUUUGGUUAGGUAAGAAAACAAACAAUUAA